AUGCCUGGCGAAGGCACCAAGAGCUCGCCAAUCCUCAUAGAUAUCGACGAUUCCGACGAGGAAAACCAAAUCGCCUAUGAGCUGACUGCCACAGCAGAGUCUACAGGGUCACCAGAGAAUCCGCCGUUGGAUAUCGGAGAGGGAUCGUCACACACCGCGGAACAGGAGGCGAACUCUCCCGAUGGCUAUGGAUACGGCGGACAAGGCGGGCAAUCGACUGGAGCGUUGCCGUCCAGCCACCCGAGGGCGCCUGGCAAGCGGAAGCGCGAGACAAGCCUCCAACCUACCGAAGGCCAACCGCCGAAUAAACAGGGGCGAACUCUUGAAGACCGCCUAACCAACCCUCCUAUGAGCAAGAGUGCCAGAAAACGGCAGAACAAGGCGGAGAAGAUCAAGCGGAUUCAGGAAGAGAAUUUGCGCCGGCUGCGACACCACCCUGCCCUCGUUCCUCGUUAUCCCCGCGAGGGAUAUAUUCCUGGACCCAAUGACAACCAUUUUGCGUUUCUUCCCUGCAACCAGGCCAUGUUCGGCCAGUCUACUCCCGCAGGCCCAUCGUACUACGGAAACGGGGCCUAUCCAGGACCUGAAAUCCAACAACAGUCAACGAACGCCUUCGUGGCGACCUGGGUCGACACGAUGGCCUGGCCAGCUGCCUCGACUCAACUGGCAAUGCCACAGCCCUAUCAUCCGAUGACCGCGAAUUACCCUCCCCCGGAGCCCGAGAUCCCCCCUCCCAGCCUGCCACCUGGUCCCCAACUGCCUUCUUCGGUUCUGCCUACAGUCAAUAAUAAGCCUAUCCCCACCGGUCCCAAGGCUGACAUGCAUGGUUUGCCUCCCAAACCUCCACCACAAGUUAAUGUCCCUAUCGGAAUGAAACCCGAUCAGGACCCCAAUAGCAAACACGGCGUCUUCAAGAUAGACAGCCUGGACAAAACCUACAUCCCCAACCCCGCACGGACACUCGUUAUGGAACAACUCCCCAAGUCUCACCGCAGUGUGGAUUUCAUUAAUUCCUGGUGCAGGAAGGCCUGCGGGACGCAGCCGCUCAAGGUCCUUAUCGAUACGUCAGCUGCCAAGGCUCUCAUCGAGUUUGCCACCUCGGAUUUGGCGCGCAGAGCUUGGGAGAGCCCACGACUAGGAGCCGCCUACGCCGGUAUGAAAUCACACCAGCUCAAGGGGAAACCACGGGAGGAUCUUAUCCGGGUAUGGUGGUAUCGUGUUGAUGGUGUAGGCGCUGGUGCUGGUGUUGGCGAGAUUGAGGAAGGGGAGAUUGAGGGAGACGCCCAGGAAGCCGAAGCUCAGAAGAAGGAGACUAAGAAGGAGAAGAAGGCCAGACUCGCUAGGGAGAGGGCAUUGAAACAGGAGGCACGGAUGGCUUCACUUGCUUCUCCAGCCCAGACCUCAGCGCCUAUCGCUCCUUUAGCGCCCCAACAAACCCUGCACCCUAGUCACGCAUUCCCACCCCAAGGCCCGCUGUCAUCGCAGCACGCGUCAGCGCCUUUACGUCCAAGUAUACAGCUUCAAAUGCCUCCUGUCGACCCGGCUGGCGCUGGCAUCGUGCAUGAGCAAGAUAUGGACAUCGAUGAUGACAUGGAGGUUUCCCCGGUCCAGACUGUUACCCCCGCAUCGCCUAGUACCGCAGACACUUCUCCAACUCUGACGGUAGCGACGAAGCCAGGGGCUGGAGUCGUCCGCGAACUCGCGCCUUCAGAGUCCUCGCCCACUCACACGGAACCAACUCCCUCAAGCAACCCCAAAGAAGAUCUCAAGGCUCUGCUGGCUCGUCAGAAGGAGCUGGAAGCUCAGAUCGCUCGGUCUAGACUGGAACUUGCUCAGCGCCAGUCGUCUUCCUCGACCCCUCAGCCACAGACAAGAAGAACGCAAUCGCCCGCUCUCGUCAAUGGGAACCCGACUGCAGACUCCAAGCAGGUUGAGAGUCGCCUGCGCGAGCGCGUGAAGGAGAGCCAGAAGGCCAAGCAACAUCAACCGAACGCGAUGAACGGCGUGGUGAUCUCUUCCCUGACCACUUCUGUGGUGGAGGUGAAAGCUAAAUCCGACGGCGCAGUCGACUCUAUCAUGGCUGACGCGGAGAGCUUCAUCAGCUCGGCCAUCGCGGGAGUCAAGGCGCGAUCCAAAACGCCACCUCAACCGCCAACCAAGGCACCGACACCUCCUGCUGCCACUGUCCGAUCCACGUCCACCAAUAACAACGUCAACACAGUCGAGCUGGAACUGAAGGCGAAACGGUUAGAACUACUUGCUGCGCAAAUCAAGUCUGUGAUGGAGAAGCUGUUCAAGGCGAAGACUAAGGAAGAAAAGGAUGUUCUGAGAGCGAAGCUCAAAGAACUCGAUAGGCAGCGGUCUUCGGAGGAAGCCUCAACAGCAAGUGCUGUGGCUUCAAGCGCGACCUCAACGCCGACUGUCAACGGGACUGGGUUGAAGUUGAAGGCGCCUUUGCCCUCGUUUCCGCAGGUGAAGCUACCGACACCCUCGCCGUCAGUCUGGCCACGUUUCGAACAAGAAUCCAAGCAACUCAUCUUGGACUUGAGCGACGACGAGGAUGACGAAGAUUGA